GAAAACACUCUCUCUCUCGACAAACAGGUCUCGCCCUCAAGAACAAAAGCGAAUCUCACAACGAACAAAACCCUCACCCUCACUCACCAAAAGCGAACGAUCGAUUCGAAACUCUCUCAAUCGAAAUCCCUCACUCGUCCUCUCGUCGUCUCUCACUCAUCCUCUCUGGAACCCAAACUUGAUCGAUCUGAGGACGACCCAGAUAGAAAUUGGAUCCGAUUAUUGGAUCUGAAUCUGAUGGUGUGCGAUUGGAUGAAAUGGGUCACGCUAUUCUUAUUGUUAUCGUUCUGGAAUUUUGGUGCUAGGGUUAUUGUGGAUGUGAGGCUGCAUAUUCAUAAACGACGAUGCAGCUUCACUUCUCGCCUAAUAUGAGAAGUAUCACAAUAUCGAGCACAAACAAUGGGUUUAUUGACUUAAUGAAGAUCAAGGUCGCAGCUCGCCAUACUUCCUAUCGAACCCUUUUUCAUACCAUUCUUAUAUUAGCUUUCUUAUUUCCUUGUGUAUUCAUUCUCACUGCUCUUGUACUUUUUACGAUCUAUCUUUCAACCCUUUUUUUAUCUCAUAAUCAUGUAAUCUAUUUAGUUAUGAUUGAUUGCUUUUUUGUUAUCGUUAGGAGGCUGGUUAAGGUACCAAUUGCUUAUAAAUUCAUAGUAUCAUUCUGAUUGCGUAUUAGGCUGAGCUGUUUGUUACUUGUCAAAUUAAUGAUAGUGAUUAUCUUGUGCACAUGGUAUUAAAAUUUUAUUUUUUUAUUAUGAAUUAGGAUCUAAGUGUUAUUGAUUAAAAUAAAUGGAGUUAAAAGUUAGAGAGUCAUUUAGCGUAUCAUAUGAGUAACUUUGGCAUCAAAAGAACUGUGUUGUGGUUUUCUUGGUCAGAAAGAAUCAAGUUUGCCUAGUUUGGGUCUAGGGGUUCUGGUUAUUGAUCAGAUUAAUCUUGUUGAUAAUUAGAUCUAGGGUUUUUUAAGUUAGUUGCUGCCAUGUUUGCAUUGUGGCUAUUAUGAGUUAGUUGCCCGGGCUGGCUAAUUGUCACGUGGUUUGCAUUUUGCAAUCGGUGCGUGUGAUGUGAUUGUGGCGGUGACCAUUGCAACCUAGAUGCUGAGGCUGUAUCAUGUGAUGCGGUCUGCAAUUUAAUGCCUUGAUUACAUAUGAUGUGGCAAAUGAUUAUGAGAUGACACUGAAUGAGAAUUCUGAGGUGGAAGAGGUUCCUAAGAAGCUGGGUUUGUUCCAGAGACAAAAUUCAGUUUUGUCCCAAUUGAUCAAUUGGGUCCUCAUGUCAAUAAGCCUGAUCUUGUUGAUGUUGUUGGAGUUGUUAAGAGUGUGUCUUCAACGAUGAGCAUUAGAAGGAAGAGCAACAAUGAGAGUGUUGCAAAGCGUGACAUUACUAUUGCUGAUGAAAGCAAGAAGACAGUUAUUGUGUCUUUGUGGGGUGAUCUUGCAACUAACACAGGACAAGAGUUACUUGACAUUGCUGAUAAAUCCCCAGUAGUUGCAAUCAAAUCCCUCAAAGUUGGGGACUUUCAAGGUGUUUCAUUGUCAGCUAUAAGCAAAAGUUUAGUUCUGAUAGGAAGACAUUUGUAUACUUAGUAGUGAAUGAAUGAUGAUAUAUAGGCUGCUGUGCAUAUUGUUGUGCUUGUUUUUUUGCUGCUGUGGAUGGAGGUAUCAUAUUUUUCUUUAUCGACGUUGUCUCUGCUAAGGUUGUAUUUUUCUAUGUAAUGAAUUUAUAUUUUUCUAUGAGACUCAUAGUUUAGUGCAUUUAGCUAAGUAGUUAAUGACAAUUGUAUACUUAGUAGUGAAUGAAUGAUAGGAAGAUAUUUGUAUACUUAGUAGUGAAUGAAUGAUGAUAUAUAGGCUGCUGUACGUGCAUAUUGUUGUAUACUUAGUAGUGAAUGAAUGAUGAUAUAUAGUCUACCUGAUGUCAAUUAUAUAGACAUUUGUAUAUAGUCCCACGGCAUUAACAGAGGAGGAGUUGUAUGAUUUGCGAGACCGCUGGGCAACUUGUUUUCUUCAACUAUAUAAUCCCGAGGUAGAUUAUGAUGAUGCCGACGAGAAAGAUUAGGAGCUAGCUAGGUUUGUGUGAAGUUACAAUGGACUAGUUAUGAUGAUGUUUUAAUUUGUAUUUUGGAUGGAUUAGUAUUAAUUAUUAUGAUGUUUUGUAUUUUGGAUUACAAUGUGGUUGUACUUUAAUGACAUUAUUACUAUA